AACCUGGAUCGUCCGAACCCCUUAAAUAUUUCCACAGCUGGACUAAGUUUUCUCGAUAACCCCACACCCACAGUGGCAAAAAAGCAGAAAUUACAAACUACCAAUUUAUAAUCAACACCCAAUGCUUGGCUUCGUCUUCAAUUUCUUAGGCAUUGCCAUUUCUAUCGCUUUCCCAGCCUAUGCUUCUUACAUGUCUCUUGAGUCGAAGGACACGGAAAAGAUGAAGCCCUGGUUAAUAUACUGGACUGUUCUUUCCGUCCUCAAGACUGUGGAGUUUCAAUUUGCCACUCUCUUGAAUCUCCUUCCUUUUUACGAAUUGUUUCGCUUGGUGGGGCUCCUCUGGUUGAUUUUGCCUGUUGCCCCCCAGUCUCAAGACGGUCAGGUGAGACAGUCAGGGUGUGGAGCUAUAUAUUAUGGCUACUUUAAGCCAUUCUUUGAUGAGCAACCAAGCUUGACCAACCUGGAAGGGUACACAGCUUUGGUUAAUACCGUUUCCGACUUGAAGAACUCUCCGCUAGUGCUCAGCUUGCUCCAGUACAUCUCGCUGUUGUUUAGUAACGCCGCUACCAAGACCCUGCCAGAUGAAAGGAGUUCUAACAAACCAAGUACCCCAGAAGCAUCGUUCACAGAAGCCGUGCUCUACAGCCUCUAUAAAAACUGGCGCGGUGUAACCGAUGAGCUGAAGUCCUCGCUUGCACCAAAAGCGGAACCAGUGAACUUGCUUGUCAACUUUUUAUCACUCUUGCCUAAAAGGGAAACUGAGCCAUCAGGUCUGACAUCCUCCCAACGUGUGGUGAGUGGAAACGCUAGAGUGGAACUGACUCCAACACCCAAGGGAGCUCCAACCAUAACAGUACCUUUGCCAAUAACCCAAGUGAACUCUGAAGGAAUAACAAUGCACUCCAGCUCCUCGACCUCUUUGUUUGAUAUUGUGGAAAGGAGCGAAAUCGGAAAUGAGAAUCAGGCAACCGGAGCCGAAGUCAGGGAAACCUGGGGAUCGUGGUUCCGUGGGACCAAGAAAGCAGAGCUUGGCCUGAAUUAAGUCUGAAUGGCUGGGACAAUAGAAGCUAUGUCACCACUCCAUCUCUGACGUCCUGUUUGUCGGGAUAAACAGCAAAUGGCGGAAUUCUCACCUCUGCUGUAAUAAAUCUCACGGCUUACACUUUCUUUUUUUCUCCUAUGCUAUUAUUUGUAAGCUACCAUUUCUUAGUUUAUCUUGUUUGAUGCGCUCUUCAGUUGGGCAGUCCUCUGGGCUUUGGACAUAAUCCUGGAAAGAUCUUGGAAGGUUCCAGAUCUACGAAUUUACUUGGAAAAACGGUCUCACUCAUUGAUUCAUAAACUUUUGUUUAAUUUACGAUUCUAAUAAUUCAGUUACACCCUUGAAUGUUAUAGAAUAAUCAUAUUGCGAC